AUGAUCAAGGGAUAUGUUCAAAAUGGACUGUUGGAACAUGGGCUGGAGUGCUUUAAAGAAAUGAGAGUGAGAGGCAUAAGACCUAAUGAGGCAAUAUUCGUUACAAUGAUUUCAGCUUCAGCUCAAUUGGGUUUGCUUGAGCAUGGUCAAUUCAUUCAUUCUACCAUUGAAUCCUUGAAUUUCCCUUUGUCAAUUCCCAUAGGAACAGCUCUAAUUGACAUGUAUGCAAAGUGUGGCUGCAUUGAAAAGUCAAUAUUAUUGUUCAAUGAUAUGCCCAAGAAGGAUAGCUGGACUUGGAAUGUCAUGAUUUGUGGUUUGGCUUCACAUGGUCAUGCAAAGAAAGUACUUGCACUCUUUCAGGACUUUAUAACUGAAGGUUUCUGUCCCACCAACAUAACUUUCAUAGGGGUUCUAAAUGCUUGUAGCAGAGCAGGCUUAGUAUGUGAGGGUAGGGAAUACUUCAAGUUAAUGAUAGACAAAUAUGGCAUUCAACCAGAGAUGGAGCACUAUGGGGUGCAUGGUUGA